CCGAAAAACAAUCCAGUCUCAGCUCAACAGCAAUGGCGUCGCGCUUGCCUUCCUCUCUCCCUCAUCGUCUCUCAGUCCUCUCCAAAACUUCACCGCCACAGCACCACUACCUCCUGCUAGCCCCUUCCCGGCCCGACCAUUCCCGGUUCAAAUGCCGGGCGGGGGAGACCGGGUUCUUCACCCGGCUCGGAAGGCUUAUCAAGGAGAAGGCCAAGAGCGACGUGGAUAAGCUCUUCUCGGGAUUCUCAAAGACUCGCGAUAAUCUCGCUGUCGUCGACGAGCUUUUGCUCUACUGGAACCUCGCCGACACUGAUCGAGUCCUCGACGAACUCGAAGAGGCUCUGCUGGUAUCCGAUUUCGGGCCGAAAAUCACGAUUAAGAUUGUGGAGAGCCUGAGGGAGGAUAUAGCUGCUGGGAAGCUUAAAUCUGGAAGCGAAAUUAAGGAUGCGUUGAAGAAAAGUGUGCUGGACUUGUUAACUAUUAAAGGCAAAACUGAACUUCAACUCGGAUACAGGAAGCCGGCUGUGGUUAUUAUUGUUGGCGUUAAUGGAGGUGGGAAGACAACAUCUCUUGGAAAACUCGCUUAUAGAUUGAAGAAUGGAGGGGCAAAGGUAUUAAUGGCAGCAGGGGAUACCUUUCGAGCAGCUGCCGGUGACCAACUGGAGAUAUGGGCCGAGAGGACUGGGUGUGAGAUUGUUGUGGCUGAAAAAGAGAAGGCCAAAGCAGCAUCAGUUAUUUCUCAGGCUGUGAAGACAGGGAAAGAACAAGGUUAUGAUGUUGUCUUAUGUGACACCUCCGGACGUCUGCACACUAAUUACAGCUUGAUGGAAGAGUUGAUUGCAUGUAAGAAAGCUGUGACGAAAGUCAUGCCUGGCGCUCCUAAUGAGAUCCUACUAGUUCUGGAUGGGACCACGGGUUUAAACAUGCUUCCACAAGCAAGAGAAUUCAAUGAAAUUGUUGGUAUAACUGGUUUGAUUUUGACAAAACUUGACGGUUCUGCUAGAGGAGGUUGUGUGGUCAGCGUGGUGAAUGAGCUCGGCAUCCCUGUAAAGUUUGUGGGUGUUGGUGAAGGCGUAGAAGACCUUCAACCGUUUGAUGCUGAGGCCUUUGUCAAUGCCAUAUUUUCAUAGUCCGAAUGUAGAACUCCCGAAUCCCAAUAUAUAUGGGUGCUGGAGGUCGGUGUUUAUCCCUGUAUUGAGCCAAUAACAGCAACCAUUUAAUCCGAUCGGGGAAAAACGGGGCUAGGAUGAGACUUCCAAGUUGAAACUCACACGUUUGGUUUUGAGAUGAUCAUUACUGCACAUGAAGUGCUGCCACUUUCCGCUAUAUUGGUGAUGUAGGAUGAAAGGUAAGGCUUAGAGUUGAUGCAAAGUUGUGAAGCCUUAGGCUGCUGGGCGGUUGUAUCUUCUCAUCCACUCGAAUGUAUUUUCUCUUCCCAUGUUUUGUCAGUGUAUAUUAUUUUGGUGCAACUCUGUGAUAUCACCUUGAGUCAUAUUCGAAUUUGAAGACGUCGUGGAUCUUAUUUCAGAGUAACUCUGUAUAAUACUAAGCCAUAAACAUUGAUAAGA